AUGGCUCUAAAACUCUCUCACUUAGCCUUAAUAGCUUUGGCUUUAGUUUCUUCCGCUCCUCUUGCCGUUUCGCAGAACACACCAAAUGAGAACCUCGUCCUAGCUGAUUGCGGCAUCGGUCUCGGCGAGAAUGGCGGCUCAACCUCCCGCGAGGCCAUCUACUACAACGGCGACGUCUGGACUGGCCAAGGAGAGAACACCUACAAGCCAACCAUGAUGGUCAACAUACCAUGGUCUGGCCAUUAUCCUUGGACGCAGCCAGGCGGGCUUGGGUUCACUCUACCGAAUGGCGACGAGUUUGCUGUGCUUAUUGACGUAAGCGUCAAGGACCCCAACAAAGCGGGAAUAGCUCACCAUUCUUUCGAACCUAAGCAUGACCUGACAUGCUACUCGUACCACCGCGACAGAGUGUUCCAGUUAGCCGAUGGCAAAUGGUGCUCAAGCGCGUAUGUCUGUAACCACCAGCAAGGUGGUGUUUACAACAGCCCUAACGACGCGAAGCCCGAUCCUCCGAAGCCUAAGCCCCAAGAGUUGGAGAUUCAUGGCUCCGUGAACAAGGACACGGUCGAAAUCUACAACAUUCCAGCCAGCAAAAUCAUGAACACAGCCAGAAAGGCCUUCCUCAAGGAUAGUUAUAUGUGUGACACUACCAAACAGGCCAUCAACGGCAAGUGUACUAUCAGUUGGAAAUGCCAGGGUGAUCCGGCUACCGAUGCUCUCGAAAAGAUGACCAAAGUUUUCGACGAAUUGGCGACCAAUAAGGAUUUUUCGACGGAGCGAGAGGUAGUGACAGAUGUCUGCAGGCAUCCCGAUACGCGACCGGGCCAUGAAGGCCAGUGCCGACUGUACGAGCAGAAGGUUGAUAAGUACUACAAGAUGCCUGGCAGCAUGGACCUUACCAUGCGCAACAAGGCGAGGCCUGAAACAGGCGAAAAUUCCAGCGUACAUGGGACUCUGGAGUAUCAAAUUGAGUGCGAGACUACUGCGUGGGAUUGUUUCUUUUGUAAUAGUGCUGGAAUUAUCCUGAGUGCCCAAUGGCCUUGGAUUGGUGCUCCUGUACUAAUUGAAUGCCUUAGGUGUUAG